UUGUCAUCACCAAUGUCUCUCGUCGCUUUUCUUGAUGGCGGCAAGAACUUGUCGUGGCUCUGCCUGAUCUCUCUGCUGCUACUGCUUCUGCUUCGGGCCUCUUCCAAGGUCGUCUUUGCCACCAAGAACGGUGGCAACGCUACGUACCCGGCGCUGUUUGCGUUUGGGGACUCGAUCCUCGACACGGGUAACAACAAUAACCUCAGGACGCUGAGCAAGUGCAACUACCCUCCUUACGGCAGGGAUUUUCCCGGAGCUGUACCCACCGGCCGGUUUGGUGACGGAAAAGUCCUGUCGGACUUGAUAACGGAAGGGCUCGGAAUCAAAGAGCUAUUACCAGCAUAUUUGGAUCCUAAUCUAAAGGACGUGGAUCUUCCGACGGGCGUUUGCUUCGCUUCAGGUGGCUCAGGCUUAGAUCCGCUAACAGCCGGAACGCAGGGCGUAUUGGCCAUGGAAGAUCAACUGAAGCAGUUCAACGAGUACGUAGGGAAGCUGAACGCGGUCGUUGGAGCCGAAAACGCCACCGCCAUACUCAACAGCAGCCUCUAUCUGAUGUCUGCUGGCAACAACGACAUCGCCUUCACCUAUUUAUCCGCCCACCUACGGCCCAUGACCUUCCCUGAAUACGCUGAUUUCUUGGUGAUUUCCACUUCAACUUUCAUCAGGGGCUUGUAUGCGCUCGGCGCGCGGAGAUUUGCACUCCUAAGCGCUUUACCAUUGGGAUGCUUGCCAUCGGGCAGAGCUCCGGUAGGUGGCCUUCUUUGCUCGGAGUUGGCCAACCAAGCGGCGCAAUUGUUCAAUUCUAAACUCUCCGCCAUGUCGAGUUCUCUCACCGGCGAACUCACGGAUUCCCGGAUAGUCUACAUCAACGUCUAUGAUCCUCUCCUCAAUCUAAUACGAAACCCUAAUCAAUUUGGUUUUCGAGUCGCUAACGUAGGAUGCUGUGGCGUACUAACGCUGCUGUGCAAUGGACUGAGUCCAUUCACUUGUCCGAACGUACCGGAUUUCGUUUUCUGGGACGCCGCUCAUCCUUCCGAGAAAGCCUACCGCGCUCUCGCUCCUGCCAUCGUCCAGGCGUGUUCGAACAUGUAG